AGCGGGCGCGGCGGGCUCUGGGAUUGGGGAGCGACGGUCCUGGCCGGGCCCCCGGGCCUGAGGCAGCGGCAGCGGCGGCGGUAUAAAGCCGGCGGCGGGGAGCAUGUAAUGUCGGAAUGCGGAGGCCGCGGCGGCGGCAACAGCAGCAGCGACGACGCCGAGGACGAGGGUGGCGGUGGCGGCAGCCCGGCGGGCUCCGGCUCCCUCACCCCGGCCCCGACGGGAGAGUCCUGGGCGGGCCGGCUCCGCCGCGGGCUGCGCUGCGCCUCCCUCAUGGCGCGCCGGCGGCCAGAGCUGCUCUGCGGAGCCGUGGCGCUCGGCUGCGCGCUGCUUCUCGCCCUCAAGUUCACCUGCAGUCGAGCAAAAGAUGUGAUAAUACCUGCAAAACCACCUGUGAGCUUUUUCUCCUCGAAGUCUCCGGUCCUUGACCUCUUCCAGGGGCAGCUGGAUUAUGCAGAGCACAUUCGCCGGGAUUCGGAGGUGGUACUGCUGUUCUUCUAUGCUCCAUGGUGUGGCCAGUCCAUCACUGUCAGGACAGAAAUUGAGCAGGCAGCAAGCCAGCUUUCUGACCAGGUGUUGUUUGUGGCAAUUAACUGUUGGUGGAACCAGGGGAAAUGCAGAAAACAGAAACAUUUCUUUUAUUUUCCUGUAAUACAUCUGUAUCAUCGGAGUUUUGGACCAAUCGAGUAUAAAGGCCCCAUGAGUGCUGUUUACAUUGAGAAGUUUGUCCGCCGAGUGAUGAAACCACUUCUCUACAUCCCAUCUCAAUCAGAAUUACUAGAUUUUCUCUCAAACUAUGAGCCUGGAGUACUCGGGUACUUUGAGUUCAGUGGCUUGCCCCAGCCUCCUGGCUAUUUGACCUUUUUCACCUCAGCAUUAUAUUCAUUAAAGAAAGAUUACCUAGGAACAGUACGAUUUGGGGUUAUCACAAAUAAACAUCUUGCGAAACUGCUUUCCUUAGUACACUCUGGAAGUGUGUAUUUACAUAGACAUUUCAACACAUCACUUGUCUUCCCCAAGGAGGUCAUGAACUUUACAGCUGCGAACAUCUACAAGUGGGCCUCAGAAAACCGAGAAACACUUUUGCAAUGGCUGCAGCCCCAUGGCGGCAAGAGUCUCCUGCUGAAUAAUGAGCUGAAGAAGGGACCAGCCCUCUUCCUGUUCAUACCAUUCAAUCCAUUAGCUGAGAGGCAUCCCCUAAUAGAUGAGAUCACCGAAGUGGCCUUGGAAUAUAACAACUGUCACAGGGAUCAGGUGGUGGAGCGCCUCCUUCAGCAUCUGCGGCAGGUGGAUGUGCCAGUGUCACAGUCCCUGGUGCCAGAGCCACCGUCCCUGCUGCCAGACACAUCACUGAUGGCAGCAUUGCCCUGCUGCAACACUGUGGUGCUGCCCCAAGGGCACUCCUUUUCCAGGACCCAUAACAUCUGCGAGCUGUGUGUCAACCAGACCGCUGGGGGCAUCCAGCCGGGCUCAGUCAGUGUGCCACAGUGCAGCUUCUUCCAGAUGGCAGCGGUUCUGGAUUCCUUCUACCUCAAGAAGCAGACCUUUUAUCAUAUGGCUUCGGACAGCAUGGAAUGCAGCAAUUUUUUAACUUCCUAUAGCCCUUUUAGCUAUUACACUGCAUGUUGCAGGACCAUAAACAGGGGCGGGGUAAGCUUCAUUGAUUCUGAACAAGGUAUCUUUGAAACCCCAGGCACUGCAUUUUCUUCCCUGGAGAAGUGUAAGGCCACCACCCCCAGCCAUGUUCCUCACAUUGAGGAGAACAGGUAUCUCUUCCCAGAAGUGGGCAUGACCAGCACCACCUUCACAGGCCUGAGCUGCAGAACCAACAAGACCCUGAAUAUCUACCUUUUGGAUUCCAAUUUAUUUUGGUUAUAUGCAGAGAGACUGGGUGCUCCAAGCUCCACCCACGUGAAAGAAUUUGCCACAAUCGUUGAUGUGAAAGAAGAGUCUCACUAUAUCUUGGAUCCAAAACAAGCACUCAUGAAAUUCACCUUAGAAUCUUUUAUUCAAAACUUUAGCAUUCUCUACAGUCCCUUGAAAAGGCAUCUCAUUGGAAGUGAUUCUGCCCAGUUCCUUUCUCAGCAUUUAAUCACUGAAGUAACAACUGAUACUUUCUGGGAAGUCAUCCUUCAGAAACAGGAUGUCUUGCUGCUGUAUUAUGCACAGUGGUGUGGCUUCUGUCCGUCCCUCAAUCACAUUUUCAUCCAGCUCGCCCGUCUCCUGCCAGCAAAUACAUUCACUGUGGCCAGGAUCGAUGUAUCUCAGAAUGAUCUUCCUUGGGAAUUUAUGGUUGACCGGCUUCCUACCAUCUUGUUUUUUCCCUGCAACAGAAAGGACCUAAGUGUAAAAUACCCCGAAGACCUCCCCAUCACCCUUCCAAAUCUGCUGAGAUUCAUCCUGCAUCACUCAGACCCUGCCUUCGCCCCCCAGAAUGUGGCCAGCACCCCGUCCAGAGGUUGUCUCCAAAGUGAGGCAGCCUUACAGCAAGGGCAUAUCUCCCACUUGGAGAGAGAGAUCCAGAAACUGCGAGCAGAGUUAAGCAGCCUUCACCGAGCACAGGUCCAAGUAGAGGGCCAGCUGUCCAGUGCCCGCAGGGAUGAGCGCCGGCUGCGCAAGCAGCAGCAGGCCCUGGAGCAGCAGCACAGCCUGCUGCGGCAGCACAGCGAGCAACUACAGGCCCUGUACACGCAGAAGGCCCGUGAGCUGGAGGAGCUGGCUGAUGCCUCGGAGACUCUCCUCACCGAGAACACGUGGCUCAAGAUCCUGGUUGCCACCAUGGAGAGGAAGCUGCAGGGCCAGGACGGGGCUGAGGACCCGGCCCCACUGAGAGAAGCACACCCUGACCACCCCGAGCCUGCAAGUGUCCCCCUAUUACCUGGUGGGACUCCCCUGCCUUCCAAUGCCAGCUCCCUGCUGGCAUCUGAGAGGAAGAAUGAGAACAGGACAGACUAACCUGAAAUAAUGAAGGAAUCAGAGAUAGAAAUUGUACAUUGGGAGUAUAUUUAUGCAAAUUUUAUUGAAACAUUGUAAAUAAAGAUUUUCUCAGUGGUCUAGAAAAUGAA